AUGUCGGGCGACAACUACCAACGCGAUGUGUCGCAGUACAAGUACUCGGCGAUGUCCAACCUGGUUCUCCAGGCGGACCGUCGAUUUGUUACGCGCCGGACAGAUGAGGCCACAGGGGACCCAGAGUCUUUGGCCGGCCGUCUCUCGAUACAGGAGAUGGGCGCGCGUGUUGCUCGGGAUGCGGCGCCGAAACAGAGGAAAUCCCACAUUCCCGCGGUGGAAAGAGGCUCAGUGCGGGAAGGCGAGGACAUCCCGCGGCAACAAAAGAAGAAGGGCGCAGAUCCAUCAAGAGGCGGCGGCAUUCUGUCUGGCGCUGACGCCCUGGUCGAGGGUAUCCGAUACCGACCGAGAACCCAGGCGACGCGAGCGACUUUCGACUUCAUAUUAACCAUCGUGGCCAAGAAUUUGGGCGAAGUGUCCCAAGAAGUGGUGAGCAGUGCCGCCGACGCCGUAUUGGAGUAUCUGAAGGACGAGGAUGUAAAGGACUUCGACAAGAAGAAGCAAAUUGACGAUCUCCUCGGAGCGUCUCUAAGUCCGAAGGAGUUCAAUGAGCUGGUCAACCUCGGCAAGAAAAUCACGGAUUACGAUGCGGAGGAUGAGGAUGAAGAGAUGGACGGUGCUGACGACGACCAAGAGAUCGACGAGCGCCAGGGUGUUGCCGUCGCCUUCGAAGAGGACGAUGAGGACGCAGAUGGCAUCGUCAACGAAGUUCGAGACGAGUCAUCAGAAGACGAGGAUGACGACGAGGAUCGUCCAGGGCUCGACGAGGAAGCUGGGGCAGCAGGUGCCGCAGAUGAAAAGGAUGGUGACGAGGCCGGCCUGGCUGACGGCGACGCCAUGGUCAUCGAAUCAGCCCCGGCGGGGAAAGCUCAGAAGAAGACCCAAGAGACGAACUACAUCCCUGCUUUCAAGAUAGAUGCAUUCUGGCUGCAACGACAAAUAGGCCGGCUGUACCCAGAUGCCCAUAUACAACACGACAAGACGAUACAGGCCCUACGCAUCCUGUCAGGCGAGCCAGACGAGGAAGGCGGCGAAGAAAAACAGCUCCGAGAGAUUGAAAACGAUCUCAUGGGAUUAUUCGACUGGGACCACCAUGAGAUUGUACAACAACUCAUUUCGAACAGGGAAAAGGUCGUUUGGCUCACCAGAAUCGCUCGAGCAGAGAAUGCCCAGGCUCGUGAGACGCUGGAGCGCGAAAUGGUCUCUGAAGGCUUGCAGUGGAUUCUCGACGAACUUCACGGAAAGACUGGCGAGGAGAAGAAGGGAAAACUGGAGAUCAAGAUGGACCUGGACCAGCCUGAACACAAACAGGCGCCGGAGCCGGAGCACCCAGAGGGCCAGCUCAUAGGCGGUCUCCAACCCAAGAAGCUCAUCAACUUGGAUAACCUCGUCUUCGAUCAGGGGAAUCACUUGAUGACGAAUCCGAAGGUGCGACUUCCAGAGGGAUCUACUAAACGGGCGGGUAAGGGCUAUGAAGAGAUACACGUUCCGCCGCCCAAAAAGCGAAGUGACCCAAGCGACAACCUGAUACCCAUCUCCGAGAUCCCGGAAUGGGCACGCGAGCCUUUCAAAUCGGUCAAAUCCCUCAACAAAAUCCAAUCCAAAUGCUUCCCGUCAGCCUUUGAAGACGACGGUAACAUGCUUGUCUGCGCUCCUACAGGAUCCGGGAAAACCAACGUUGCGUUCUUGGCAAUGCUGCGAGAAAUCGGCAAGCAUCGUGAUCCAGAGACGGGAGACAUCGACUUGGACUCGUUCAAGAUUGUCAGCAUCGCGCCUCUGAAGGCUCUGGUCCAAGAACAAGUUGGUAACUUCGGCAGCCGCUUGGCUCCUUAUGGCAUCAAAGUGUCCGAAUUGACUGGCGAUCGUCAACUCACUAAGCAACAAAUUGCCGAGACUCAAAUCAUCGUCACCACGCCGGAGAAGUGGGAUGUGAUCACUCGCAAGGCGACCGACACGUCCUACACAAACCUUGUACGCUUGAUCUGCAUCGACGAGAUCCAUCUUCUUCAUGAUGACCGUGGGCCCGUCCUGGAAAGCAUCGUGUCCCGCACAAUUCGAAAGACGGAGCAGACUGGAGAACCCGUGAGAAUCAUUGGUCUAUCCGCGACACUGCCAAACUACAAAGACGUCGCCAGCUUCCUUCGAGUCGAUCCGCAGAAAGGCAUGUUUCAUUUUGAUGGAUCAUACAGGCCUUGCCCUUUGCGUCAAGAAUUCAUCGGCGUGACCGAAAGGAAGGCGAUCAAGCAGCUGAAGGUCAUGAACGACGUCACCUACAACAAAGUGCUGGAGCAUGUGGGCAAGAAUCGCAACCAGAUGCUUAUCUUCGUGCAUUCGCGCAAGGAGACCGCGAAAACUGCCCGCUACAUUCGUGACAAGGCGCUGGAGAUGGACACCAUCAACCAGAUCCUCAAGAGCGACGUCGGAAGCCGAGAGGUCCUGCAGGUCACGGCGGAUGGAGCGACCGACAAGGAUCUCAAAGAUAUCUUACCCUACGGCUUUGGUAUCCAUCACGCAGGUAUGAGUAGAGCUGACAGGACCGACGUGGAAGAGCUUUUCGAGGGUGGGCACAUUCAGGUGCUUGUCUGCACAGCCACCCUUGCCUGGGGCGUUAAUCUACCUGCACACACGGUCAUUAUCAAAGGGACGCAGGUUUACUCUCCAGAGAAAGGUAGCUGGGUCGAGCUCAGCCCACAAGAUGUCCUUCAGAUGCUGGGUCGUGCUGGACGGCCCCAGUAUGACACAUUCGGUGAAGGCAUCAUCAUCACCACCCAGACUGAGAUGCAAUAUUAUCUUUCGCUCAUGAAUCAACAAUUGCCUAUCGAAAGUCAGCUGGUAAGCCGUCUGGUCGACAACUUGAACGCGGAGGUUGUUCUGGGCAAUGUGCGCUCUCGGGACGAGGGUGUGGACUGGCUUGGCUACACAUAUCUCUUCGUGAGGAUGUUGAGAUCGCCGGGACUUUACAGCGUUGGCGUCGAAUACGAGGAUGACGAGGGUUUGGAGCAGAAACGGGUUGAUCUAAUUCAUUCUGCCGCCCACGUCCUCCGCAAGGCGAACCUCAUCAAAUACGACGAGAAGAGCGGGCGCAUGCAAGCAACUGAACUGGGCCGCAUUGCCUCGCACUACUAUAUCACAUACGGAUCCAUGGAGACCUACAAUACACACAUACAGCCGUCUAUCACCAACAUCGAACUCUUCCGAGUAUUCGCCCUCAGCGCUGAGUUUAAAUACAUUCCCGUCCGCCAAGAAGAGAAGCUCGAGCUAGCCAAGUUGCUGGGACGGGUCCCGAUACCUGUCAAGGAGAGCAUUGAAGAGCCGCACUGCAAGAUCAAUGUACUUCUGCAGGCGUACAUCUCUCGUCUUAAGCUCGACGGCUUGGCUCUGAUGGCCGACAUGGUGUACGUGACGCAGUCCGCAGGACGUAUUCUGAGAGCCAUCUUCGAGAUUGCACUGAAGAAAGGCUGGUCCUCUGUGGCGAAGACGGCUUUGAAUCUGUGCAAGAUGGCAGAGAAACGAAUGUGGCCCACGAUGACACCAUUGCGCCAAUUCCCGAGUUGCCCGAGGGACAUCGUGCAAAAGGCAGAGAGGACUGAAGUUCCAUGGAGCAACUUCUUUGAUCUGGAUCCGCCUCGCAUGGGCGAGCUCUUGGGAAUGCCAAAGGCUGGCAGAACAGUCGUCGGGCUUGUGAACAAAUUCCCUCGAGUUGAGGUUCAGGCUCAGAUCCAGCCGCUGACACGGUCCAUGCUUCGCGUUGAACUCACCAUUUCCCCCAAUUUCGAAUGGGAUGAAGACAUACACGGUCUUGCUGAGAGCUUCUGGAUUCUGGUCGAGGACUGCGAUGGUGAAGAGAUUCUUUUCCACGACACAUUCCUUCUACGCAAAGAUUACGCCGAAUCAGAAACAAGCGAGCACAUCGUGGAGUUUACAGUGCCGAUCACUGAACCGAUGCCUCCCAACUACUUCAUUUCCGUUAUCUCUGACAGAUGGAUGCAUUCCGAAACACGUAUCGCAGUCUCUUUCCAGAAACUCAUCCUUCCCGAGAAGUUUCCACCUCAUACAGAACUUCUUGAUCUGCAGCCUCUACCACCCUCAGCCCUCAAGAACAAGGAGUACACAGCUCUGUAUCCUCAAUGGGAGUACUUCAACAAAGUCCAGACGCAGACUUUCAACACCCUGUACACCACAGACAACAAUGUUUUCGUAGGUGCACCUACAGGGAGCGGCAAGACUGUGUGUGCAGAGUUUUCCCUGCUACAUCUCUGGUCUAAGCCCGACGCGGGUCGCGCCGUGUACAUUGCCCCCUUCCAGGAGCUGGUGGACAUUCGGCUUCGGGAUUGGCAGAAGCGCCUGUCUGGGCUCAAAGGCGGCAAAGACAUCAUGAAGUUGACUGGUGAAACGGUAGCCGAUAUCAAGAUCUUGGACGCCGCAGAUCUGGUUCUUGCGACUCCGACUCAGUGGGACGUCCUCUCCAGGCAAUGGAAGCGUAGAAAAACCGUGCAGACUGUCGAGCUCUUCAUUGCGGAUGAGUUGCAGCUACUCGGUGCCUCCAUGGGCUACGUGUACGAGACCAUCGUCUCCAGGAUGCACUACAUCCGGACUCAGACUGAGUUGCCAAUGAGGAUUGUCGGUCUUGGUGUGUCCCUUGCUAAUGCAAGAGACAUUGGAGAGUGGAUUGGAGCGAAGGCGCACGACAUCUACAAUUUCAGUCCGCACGUACGCCCCGUACCACUGGAGCUUCAUAUCCAGAGCUACACAAUCCCCCAUUUCCCUUCACUCAUGUUGGCGAUGGCGCGGCCGACCUACCUUGCUAUCACUCAAAUGUCCCCAGACAAACCUGCGCUGGUUUUUGUUCCCUCCAGGAAACAAACGCGUGCGACCACUCGAGACAUUCUCACCGCUUGCUUGGCCGAAGACGACGAGGAUAGGUUCCUUCAUGUCGAAGUGGAGCAGAUCCAACCGCUCUUGGAGCGUGUCAGUGAAGAAGCACUUGCUGAGGCAUUGUCCCAUGGCGUCGGUUACUACCAUGAAGCUCUCAGCACCGAUGACAAACGAAUUGUCAAAUACCUGUACGACAACGGGGCCAUACAAGUCCUGGUGGCAUCGCGUGAUGUGUGCUGGGAGCUUGAUUGCACUGCGCAUCUUGUCGUCGUGAUGGGUACGCAGUACUUUGAAGGUCGUGAGCACCGCUAUGUGGAUUAUCCUAUGACGGACGUGCUGCAAAUGUUUGGCAAAGCUCUGAAGUCUUCGAAGGAUGGCCGCGGGCGCGGAGUUCUGAUGCUCCCCGGCGUGAAGAGGGAGUACUACAAGAAGUUCCUCAACGAGGCUCUGCCGGUCGAGUCACACCUGCACUCAUACUUGCACGAUGCUUUUGUUACGGAGAUCAGCACUCGCAUGAUAGAAUCUGGCGACGACGCAAUAGCGUGGAUGACAUUCACAUACUUCUACCGGCGUCUCCUGGCCAAUCCUAGCUUCUACAGCUUGACCAACACCACCGAGGAUGGGCUUAGUCAAUACCUCUCCGACCUCGUUGAAACAACACUGAGAGAGCUGGACGAGUCAAAGAUCAUCGAGUUUGAUGAGGAAGACGGUUCGGUAAUGCCUCAGAACGCUGCCAUGAUUGGUGCCUAUUACAACAUCUCCUACAUCACCAUGCAGACGUUUCUACUCUCGCUCAGCGCCCGUACGAAGCUCAAGGGCAUCCUCGAAAUCGUCACCUCAGCCACCGAGUUUGAGGCAAUACAAAUCAGAAGACACGAGGAUAGCCUGCUUCGUCGUAUCUAUGACCGUGUGCCUGUCAAGAUGGCACAGCCGGACUAUGAUUCACCUCACUUCAGGGCAUUUGUAUUGCUGCAAGCCCACUUCUCCAGGAUGCAACUUCCGAUUGACCUGAUGAAGGACCAGGAAACGAUCGUCUCCAAGGUCGUGAGCCUCCUCAGCGCGACGGUCGAUAUCCUCUCGUCAGACGGGCAUCUGAACGCCAUGAACGCCAUGGAAAUGUCUCAGAUGGUGGUUCAGGCGAUGUGGGACCGCGACAGCCCACUGAAGCAGAUCCCCCACUUCACGCCGGACGUCGUAAAGGCGGCAAACAGCUUCGGAGUCAAGGAUGUCUUCGACUUCAUGGAAGCAAUGAAUCCCGAGGAGAACCCCCAGUACGGCGAGCUGGUCAAGGCCAUGGGUCUUUCACAGAAGCAACUGGAGGAUGCGGCCAAGUUCACCAAUGAGAAGUAUCCGGACGUGUCGUUGGAGUUCGAUGUUGAAGACCCUGAGAACCUCCGUGCUGGCGAGGCUUCUUAUCUCAACAUCAGAAUCGAGCGUGAGAUUGAAGAAGACGAUGAGGUUGACCCCGUGGUUCAUGCGCCGUUCUACCCUGGAAGGAAGUUGGAGAACUGGUGGCUUGUGGUGGGCGAGGAGAGCACCAAGACGCUCUUAGCAAUCAAGCGCGUGACAGUUGGCCGCAAGUUGAAUGUCAAGCUGGAGUUCACGGUGCCGACCCCUGGGGAGCACGAACUCAAGCUUUUCUUGAUGAGCGAUUGCUACAUCGGAGUCGACCAGGAGCCUAGUUUCAAUGUGACGGUGGCGGAAAGCAUGGAAGUUGAUGAAGAUGAGGACGAGGACGAGGACGAGGAGGACGAGUAA